AUGUUUAUUGGGUAUGGCUUCCCGCAAAAGACCCUGGAGGUAUUAGCCAAAUAUCACGCCAAAUCCCUUCAUCACCUACGGUUUCGAUAUGCAUUGAGCUCUGAGCUUGGAAUGGCAAAACGUUCUGGAAAUAAACACCCCUCUCCUGCCAGCAUUCACAACCUCGUCAAUUUAGUUGACCAACUCCCUAACCUCCUGUCUCUCGGUAUUAAUCUUGACUGGGCACCUGACAAGGAAUUGCCAUACGAUCUUCUCGCCAAAAUCGCACAACACAUUCAUCUUCAACAUUUAGAACUUAACAUACCAGGCCUUUCUUGCUAUCACUCUGAGCCCUGGCCUCACCCCAACCUCAACGAAAACACUUGUCGGGCCCUUAUCGAGUUCUUUGACAAGGCAUCCCUAAGCCUUCUCUCAAUGCAUUUCGUCAUUGGCGACUGGUAUCCUUUUAUUCUUCAACCAGUCCUACGAUGGUAUAUGGAAGCGUUUCUGGUCGGUGAACGAGACUAUACGGGUCACAUGCGAUUCGGCAGUGUUCGACAGUACACGCAACUUGGGAAAUUGAUGCGCUCGGGGACUUUUGUUCCACGAGUCCCACCGCACCGGCUGAGGGGCCACUGGCCCACUGAUCUACGGCAGAAUAUAGAAGGUCGAAUUAGCGACCUCUUUUGUGGGAAGAUGCUGAGAAACUGGCAAUCAUCUAGGUAG